AAAAGGAAUCCUGAAAACAAAGGCUUAUGAGACUGACGGUCUUUAAACUGACUUCUGCUGUCUCCCGUUAGCUCGGGUUUUAGGUUUUAUGUCGUGAUGGAUAAGGAAGCUGAUAUCUUUUAUCGGGAGCUGCCAAAAGUGGAGCUUCAUGCUCACCUGAACGGCUCUGUGAGCUGUCAAACCAUCGAGAAACUCAUGAGCAGGAAGCCUCAUCUUAACAUUGAACACAACAUGACUGCUAUCGGUAAAGGACAACGGAGGACACUAGAUGAGUGUUUUCAGGUCUUCAAGUCAAUACAUCAGCUGGUGGACACCGAGGAGGACAUCCUAAUGGUGGCCACAGAUGUUAUCAGGGAGUUUGCAGCUGAUGGUGUCAAAUAUUUAGAGCUGAGAAGUACACCAAGAGAUGAGAAAAACACAGGACUGACAAAAAAGCGAUAUAUUGAAACUGUCAUUAAGGCCAUCCAGCAGUGUAAAAAUGACGACUUGGACAUCGAUGUCAGGUUUCUUGUGGCAAUUGACCGCAGAAAUGGGACUGAAGUUGCCAUGGAGACAGUGAAGCUGGCAGAGGAGUUGAUGCUGUCCUCUGAUGGUUUGGUGGUGGGACUGGACCUCAGUGGAGAUCCAACGGUUGGCCAUGGCAAAGAUUUACUUCCUGCUCUGCAGAAGGCAAAGAACUGUGGACUGAAGCUCGCGCUGCACCUCUCAGAAGUACCAUCACAGCUGGAGGAGACGGACCUGCUGCUGAAUCUUCCUCCGGACAGGAUCGGCCACGGCACCUUCCUUCAUCCAGAAGUUGGUGGAUCUCAAAGUCUUGUUGAUAAAGUGCUAAAGAACAACAUACCACUGGAGCUUUGCCUGACUUCAAAUGUCAAGGGAAAGACUGUACCAUGUUACUCUGAACACCAUUUUAAAUACUGGUACCAGCUGGGACAUCCCAGUGUGAUUUGUACGGAUGAUAAAGGAGUCUUCAGUACAGAUUUGUCUCAGGAAUAUCAGCUGGCUGCCUCCACGUUUGGUCUCAGUCAUGAAGCUGUGUGGAAUCUCUCUCAGCAGGCCAUAGACUGUAUCUUUGCACCAGAGGAUGUGAAACAGCAACUCAGACAGAAGUGGACUACUUUACAGCCUCAGGUGUUCCAAGUGACCCAUGCAGAGAAAGCGAAAGCCGAUUAAUAUACCUCAAAUUAAAGUUUACACUACCUUUUUGGUUUACUCUUUACAAGUCUUUGAAGAAGAUGUAACAUCACCUUAAAAGGGAAGUCUAAAAUGUCACCAUGUGUUACUUGAAAGUAGUGGAUGCUUGUUCAGUAAAGUGUUAUUUUCUUCCUUGUACAAGAUCUGUGGUG